UGCAUGCCUUAUUCUUUCAAUUCAGAGUUAGUGUUAUCGAGUUGAAGAAAGGUCAGAACUUGCUGUGCUCGUUUGAUGGACCUCACGUUGUUUCUUGUCGUGUGUGUGUGUGUGCGCGCGCGUGUGCGUUGUGUUUCUUUGUUCAGGACAGAAAUUUCUUUAACCCAGUGUUUCUCAAUUCUCUUUAAUCCUAGACCCCCUUUGAUAAACAUAAAGAUCUCAUACUCUAAUGUUAUUUAUAAUCGAAAUUAAAAUAAAUAACAUGAUUGAAAAACAAACAAAAGGAUAAGUGGCUGCUUUCUUUUCUUACCGUACCCCUUCUAUUCUGCGGUACCCACACGCCCACAUCAGAAUCACUGCCUUGACUUGUUCACUAUUUUUGCCAGUAUAUUGAAUCUAACAGUGAUGUGUUGUUUUUCCAUGGGGUUUAUCGAGGAAUGAUCAGACAGAAAAUGGAAACCAAUCAGUUGUGAACUACGGGAGAAAUACAAUGAAAGUAGGAGGUAAAUUCCUUCUAGCAAGGCAUCAAAUGCUGUCUGCGUGUCCUUAGACAAGACUUCAGCUCCUCCUUCAUUCUCCCCUUCUCCAGAAUGAGCUAAAAGACCAAUCGGGAUGGUACAAAACAGAAAAGAGAACGGAAGAAGACGGUGUCAUUCAGCAGCAUGCCAACAGAGAAGAAGAUCAGCAGUGCAAGUGAUUGUAUCAAUUCAAUGGUUGAGGGUUCAGAACUGAAAAAGGUUCGCUCCAACUCUAGGAUUUACCAUAGGUAUUUUUUACUAGACGCUGACAUGCAAAGCCUGAGGUGGGAGCCGUCCAAGAAGGAUUCUGAGAAAGCCAAAAUUGAUAUUAAAUCCAUCAAGGAAGUGAGAACAGGAAAAAAUACGGACAUAUUCCGCAGCAAUGGCAUUUCUGACCAGAUAUCUGAAGACUGUGCAUUUUCAGUCAUCUAUGGAGAGAAUUAUGAGUCACUGGAUUUGGUUGCCAACUCUGCAGAUGUUGCAAACAUCUGGGUUACUGGACUGCGGUACCUAAUUUCUUAUGGAAAACAUACACUUGAUAUGUUAGAAAGUAGCCAAGACAACAUGAGGACUUCUUGGGUUUCACAGAUGUUUGGUGAAGUAGAUGUAGACAACCUGGGACAUAUAAGCCUGUGUAAUGCUGUGCAGUGUAUCAGAAACCUCAACCCUGGCUUAAAAACGAGCAAAAUUGAGCUUAAGUUCAAAGAAUUGCACAAAUCCAAGGACAAAGCUGGUACUGAAGUCACAAAGGAAGAGUUUGUUGAGGUUUUCCAUGAGCUUUGUACUAGACCUGAAAUUUAUUUCCUUUUAGUUCAGUUUUCAAGCAAUAAAGAAUUCCUUGAUACCAAGGACCUUAUGAUGUUUCUUGAGGCAGAACAGGGUGUGGCACAUAUAAAUGAGGAAAUAAGCCUUGAAAUUAUUCACAAAUAUGAGCCGUCCAAAGAGGGUCAGGAAAAGGGCUGGCUCUCCAUAGAUGGAUUCACUAAUUACCUUAUGUCACCUGACUGUUACAUAUUCGAUCCGGAACAUAAGAAGGUCUGUCAGGAUAUGAAGCAACCUUUGUCUCAUUACUUUAUAAACUCAUCUCAUAAUACAUACUUAACAGAGGAUCAGUUCCGGGGUCCCUCUGAUAUCACAGGAUACAUUCGAGCUCUUAAACUGGGCUGCCGGAGUGUUGAAUUAGACGUAUGGGAUGGGCCAGAUAAUGAACCUGUAAUUUACACAGGCCACACCAUGACCUCUCAGAUAGUAUUCCGCAGUGUCAUUGAUAUUAUUAACAAGUACGCAUUCUUUGCUUCUGAGUAUCCCCUUAUUUUGUGUUUAGAAAACCACUGUUCUAUUAAACAACAGAAGGUAAUGGUCCAACACAUGAAGAAAAUUUUAGGAGACAAGCUGUAUACCACGUUACCUAAUGUUGAGGAAUCUUAUCUGCCAUCCCCAGAUGUCCUAAAAGGGAAAAUACUGAUUAAAGCAAAGAAACUUUCCUCAAAUUGCUCUGGAGUAGAAGGAGACGUUACUGAUGAAGAUGAAGGAGCAGAAAUGUCUCAGAGGAUGGGAAAAGAGAACGCGGAACAACCCAACCAUGUGCCUCUGAAACGAUUUCAGCUUUGUAAAGAACUCUCAGAGCUGGUCAGCAUCUGCAAAUCAGUUCAGUUCAAAGAAUUUCAGGUGUCAUUUCAGGUUCAGAAGUACUGGGAAGUCUGCUCAUUUAAUGAAGUGCUUGCUAGCAAAUACGCCAAUGAAAAUCCAGGGGACUUUGUAAAUUACAACAAACGUUUUCUUGCUCGGGUUUUUCCUAGUCCAAUGAGAAUUGACUCUAGUAACAUGAACCCUCAAGAUUUUUGGAAAUGUGGUUGUCAAAUAGUAGCCAUGAACUUUCAGACGCCAGGAUUGAUGAUGGACCUGAAUAUCGGCUGGUUUAGACAGAAUGGGAACUGUGGCUAUGUCCUUCGGCCAGCCAUCAUGAGGGAGGAAGUCUCUUUCUUCAGUGCCAAUACAAAAGACUCUGUCCCAGGAGUCUCACCUCAACUCCUUCACAUUAAAAUCAUCAGCGGGCAGAACUUUCCCAAGCCCAAAGGAUCAGGUGCCAAAGGUGACGUGGUGGAUCCUUAUGUCUAUGUGGAAAUUCACGGAAUCCCUGCCGACUGUGCAGAACAAAGGACGAAAACAGUGCACCAGAAUGGAGACGCUCCCAUUUUUGAUGAAAGCUUUGAAUUUCAAAUCAACCUACCUGAGCUGGCCAUGGUGCGCUUUGUAGUGCUAGAUGACGAUUACAUUGGGGAUGAAUUUAUUGGCCAGUAUACAAUUCCCUUUGAAUGUUUACAGACAGGCUACCGCCACGUGCCCCUGCAAUCGCUGACUGGAGAGGUCCUAGUGCACGCUUCUCUGUUUGUCCACGUAGCCAUCACCAACCGCAGAGGAGGAGGGAAACCUCAUAAGAGGGGCCUGUCUGUGAGGAAAGGGAAGAAAUCCAGGGAAUAUGCUUCAUUGAGAACAUUGUGGAUUAAAACUGUAGAUGAGGUGUUCAAGAAUGCCCAGCCCCCCAUACGGGACGCCACGGAUCUGAGAGAGAACAUGCAGAACGCAGUGGUGUCAUUCAAGGAGCUGUGCGGCCUCUCCUCCGUGGCCAAUCUCAUGCAGUGCAUGUUGGCGGUGUCUCCCCGCUUUCUGGGACCUGAUAACACCCCUCUCGUUGUACUGAAUCUCAGCGAGCAGUAUCCCACGAUGGAGUUGCAGGGAAUUGUGCCUGAGGUUCUGAAGAAGAUCGUAACAACUUAUGACACGAUGAUUCAGUCCCUCAAGGCACUGAUUGAAAAUGCAGAUGCUGUGUAUGAAAAGAUCGUACAUUGUCAGAAGGCAGCCAUGGAAUUCCAUGAACACUUGCACAGCAUAGGCACAAAAGAAGGUCUGAAGGAGCGAAAACUACAAAAAGCAGUGGAGAGCUUUACCUGGAAUAUUACCAUCUUAAAGGGACAAGCAGAUCUUUUGAAAUACGCUAAGAACGAGACUUUGGAGAACCUGAAACAAAUCCAUUAUGCUGCUGUUUCCUGUGGACUGAAUAAACCAGGCACCGAAAACGCCGACACCCAGAAGCCACGCCGGAGCCUGGAAGUCAUACCUGAAAAAGCACAGGACGAAACUGGAGAAUGAGGGAACUUUCUAUCAAUCGUUAUGGAGUUCAUAACUCUAGGACCAAUUGUAGUCACAUGGGACGUUUGCUUUGCACUCACUAAUGAAAAUAAUAUUUGGAAUUUUCAAGCACAACUGGAAUAGCUAAUUACAGUCUGUUAAAACUGUGAAUGUAUGUAGCAAUCCUGCGUGUGAAGGCAAAUAAACUCCUUGACAAGAAAUUAUAUUCCUGGCCAAAACAUGCUAUAUUUGUAUACAAAGACAUCAUAACUCAGUUCCGGUGUGAAGAAGAGUAUCCUCUCUAGCUCCAUUGAGAAACAGACAUUUUCCUAACUGAAAACUUUCUUAAGAUGAAAAUGGAUUGGAUCGUCAAGUUAGUAUUUAUUGGAGGAAAAAAAAAAACUAACGUGUACAUUUUACUUAUGUGUGAUUGCCAGGGUCUCUGGGUUGUAGAUGAUUUUGGUGGUGUGCUUGCUGAGCCACAAUUGCUAAGGACAAUGUAAUCGGGCAGGUUCCCUAAAUUCCCAGGGCACCUUGGAGAGCCAUCACGUACAAGGAAAACGUGCAAUCGGACUGAAGCUCCCUGGCUGAAGACACGUGCUACGUCAGCAAAUGGGAAUCCAUACCAUGUAAAAGCAACCAAUCUGGAAGCAACACAUUGUAAAUAGUUUUUCAUUGUGUGAAGUAGUGUUCACAUUAAAAAGAUGUUUUAUGAUAUUUCUCCAAUAGCAGUACAUGCUUUUUAAUGAAACUUUAAAAACUUCUAGCUCAAAAUACUGUCUACUCUCGUCGUUAGGUGCCGUUGAGUCGAUUCCAACUUACAGCAACCCCAUGUAUCAGGGUAGAAUUGCCCCAGAGGAUUUUCUAGGCUGUUACAGGAACAGAUCGCUGGGUCUCUCCCCCUGGAACCUCUGGAUGAGUUCGAACCGCGAACCUUUCGGUUAGUAGGUGAGUGCUUAAUCAUUGUGUCACGAGGAGCCAGUCACUUGUUGAGCAGCUUUGUCAAAACUAAGGUACUUGUCUGGCUUGACUUUAUUUUCCUUUUAUAACCUUUUGACAGUUUAGGUAAUGGUAGCUGACUGGCUGUAAAGCAAACCGAGACACCCACAGCGUCCCCUUGAUCCUUCUGCGUUAGCACCCUAGUGAAGCAUGCCAUCAGAUGGCACCCACGUAAGUCGAAGGCAGGUAGAGGGGCUGAGCAGGUGCAGCUUUCCUACAGCCAGCUGAGUUUUUAAUCCAAGCUUUUAUUUUUCAAGUCACUGAAACUUGGUGCUAGAUUUGAAGCGAUACUGGACCCUGCAGCCUAAUUACCACUGCUCCCAAACCAAAGUAGAUUUCAAAUUUCAGAAGAUUAAACGUUCUCGAAGUCUUCAGCAGCCACUUUUCUAUUUGUCCAUUUUCUUUUCAGUGAUUCAAGUGCGUGAGCCAGAUAAGGGUGUGCAGGCUUCAGCUUGCUAUCUUAACAGUUAUUUUCUUACAGUUCGGGAGAUGGUCAGGCAGAUGUAGUCAGUUCAUUUCUUCCAAUUGCUCCUCAAUAACCUUUUAAAAAAUAAUUCCUUUGCUCCGUUCUUGUCAUUUGCAUUCUAACAGUUUGCUUAUUCUAAGGUACCCAUCUUCACUGCCCCUUCUUAUGGAUGUAAUUCCAGUUAGAAAAUGAAACCUGUCACAUGAAUGAUAACAGGGGUCUGCGCACACCCCAGCUAACAGCCAGCCAGUAGCGUAGACUAACUUUGAGAUUAACUCUACAAGAAAAAAAAAAAGUAGAAAAUAGCAAAGAAUUAAAAGUAGAUUUAUAGAAUGAGAAAUAAAGUUAUGUGUCAUUUAGAUUAUUGUUAGCAAUCCUUGAACAUAGCUGGUAAGUAAAUAGUGAUAUUCAAUUCAAGGCGAAACUCCAGAAAUCAUAGAAAAUGACUUUUAAAGUAUAAUGAAAUUGGGGAAAAAAAUUGGUACACUUACAGUAACGGCAAGCACCGUAUAAAUGCUGAUUCUGACACAUAACUCAUCGUUUAAUUUGCAGUAGUUUAUUCAGGCUUAGAAUCCACAAAUUUUAGACGUGAAGGGGCCUAUGAGAGCACUUGGUCUGACACGUUCUUUUCCAGAUGCACAAGUUGCAGACAAAAAAAAAUGCACUGCCCGGUGUCAUGGAGUCAGUUAGGGGUGGUAUUGGGAGCUCUGCUGUGCCGCACUACAAAGGCAACCUUCUUUUGACACAUCUCUUCAAAGGAAUAAGCUGAGUGAUGGAAAAAAGCAGACACACUGCUUUGGGGGUUGUUCCCAAAGUUGCAGGGCUUCUCCUGAGUCUGCCCAGGUCCUGUCCCAGUAUUGUGCCAACCUUCAUUUAACAUGAUGACCCCAGUCAGUGGAGCAUGCAUUCAUGGGCUCAUCGAUCUAUGUAUUCAUGGGCUCAUUGAGCUAUUCUCUUCUCUUUCUCCCAUUGAAAUCUAUCAAGCUGGCUAGGGCCAAGGUUACAAUUUAUGACCUUUAUAAGCAGUUUUACCUUGCAGAAAACCAGCUGGCCUGCUCUGGGAUUGAACCUGUGAAGGCCUUAUUAUAACCCCCACUAAUCAAACAAAAACGGAAAGCCCACACCUGGGUUUCAUACAUUGUGACAGCUGGGAUAACAUAGUUUCCUUAUGUCAUCUGCAUUCCUUACGUGGGGGCGCCCAUUUAAGGUACCUGUCCUAGAUGCAAAUGACGCCCUCUUACAUGGGCUGAUGUGUACUUCUGCACAUCACUCACAGUUCGGGGGAAAGUGUGAUCAGAAGCAAGAUGAAAACAACUGGUAAGGCGCUGAGGACACAGAAUCAGGAAGAGUUGGACGAAAAUGCACAGAGACUGGCAAACACCCUCUCAGCUCAAUGGAAAUAAAAGGCCACACUGACAACCUGUGAGUCAAGCCGGGUUCAGAUUUCCAGCACUCGUGUUGACGGCAUGUCCACAGAGUAAAUCUUGAGGCAUCUGUGAACACGCCAAGUACAUUCUCCUUCCUCUUUGCACAUUCUUGUUAAAUCCAUCCUCUACUUAAGAUGUCCAUGGGCUUUGGUGUGUUUUCUGCAUUGGCCUGUUAUCUGCUUUUAGCAGCUGUGGCUUCUGGAUAGUGGGAAAGAAGGUCUGUAAACCCAAAAUGCUUACCUCCUUCAUCUCCGGGCAGGUGUGCCCCAGAGGCCAGGGCAUGGGGAUAGAGGUCUUCUUCGGUUAGGUGUUACCUAAAUCUGCUGAAGGUUGCUCUUCUUCACGUGCACGGAGUUGGGACAUGCAUGCGCUCAAUGGGGAGACGUCAUCCAGCUUGCAAAUGUUUCCAUAUGAAAGCUUCAUCCUGUAGCUUCAUCGUGUAUGGUAAGGUGCUUUGAAUUUGUUAGAUCUUUAAUUAAGUGUUUAGUCAAUACAUUAGAAAGGCAAAUGUUAGUACACUCACAGCAUAGCUCUGCUUUACCCACCCACUGAGUGAGAAUGCUCAAGCUGGGUAUAUCUUUCUAGCAUUUUCAGUGGUUGCUCAUGUCUUGAUUAAUGUUUGAUAGGAGCAGACAACAUUUUCCAUUUUUCUUGUUAGGUGCCAUCGAGUUGUUUCUCAACUCAUAACAACCUAAUGUGACAAGUAGAAUUGCCCCAAAGGGUGUUCUUGGCUGUAAUCGUUAUGGAAGCAGAUUGCCAGGUCUUUGUCCUGCAGAGCUGCUGGGUGGGUUUGAGCCGCCAACAUUUCGGAUUGCAGCCCAGCACUUAACACUUGCGCCACCAGGGCUCCUUAACAUUUUCAGUUAUUCGAAAGAAUUUCCUAUUAUGUUUGGCACUGGACCUCUUUGUUGAGGCUGUGUGCAAAGGACUGUGCUUAAGUCACUGCAUAUCAUUUCAUCCUUUCAACAACUGGAAGGUAUUUAUCUGAUAUUAGACAUGAAUAAAUGAUGACUAUAGACAGGUUAACUAACUUACUCAAGGUCUCAGAGUGUUCAUGUUAACAUCUAAACCCAGAUCUGUCUGCUUCACAGAUUACACUCCCAAGCAUUAUGCUGUACUCUCCUGAGUUCCACAUACAUACUUCGCCUCUGAACUACAAGAUGGGUAUUAUACAGAACAAUGAAACAAUUGGCAUUUUAUCCCUUUCUUGCUGAACAUGAGCUCCCUAGAAGCCACCAUGGUCUACCUGUCUUACUGAACACAUUCUGGACACGGGAUUCACCGUGAGCAAAACCAGACACGUUCCCAGCUCCCAUGGGGCUCACAGUUUAGUUGGAAAGAGAGAGACAUUUAACCAAAUAAUUACAAAGAUACAGGUACUAUUAAAAACCACAGGAAGUGCUCUGAGUAGGCAGUACCAAGAGGCUACUGGAUUCACAUCCUGGCUGAGUAUUGAAGGGAGGUGUUCUUAACCUACUUUGCCUCUGUAGCUUAAAAAGGAUUAAAAAUGCCUCUUUCCCUCACAGGGCUCUUGUGAAGACUGAAUAAAAUUUUUAAAGAACUUAGACCAGUGCCUGGCUCAGAGUGGACAGGCUGUAUUAUUACCAUUAGUUAUUAUGGAAACGUGAUGCUUUGGGAGUGUUAAUGGGUCCUUCGCCUGUCUUGGGAAGAUGUGCUGGGUGUCUAGUGCUCUGUUACAAAACCCUUCAAACCUAGUGUCUUAAGACAAUAUUAUCUCAUGGCUCUGUGGGUUGACUGGGGUCAAUUGGACAAGUCUUGCUUGGGGCCUGUCAUGCGGUUGCAGUCAUAUGUCAGCUGGGGCUGUGGUCAUCUGAAUGGGUUGGACCUUCAAGAUAGCUCAUUGGCAUGGCUGUUGGCAGGUUGCUCAGCUUGGGCUGUUGGCUGGGCCACCUGCACAUCACCUCUCAAUAUGGUUUGGACUUCUCAGAGUAAGUCGCUAGGUUCCAAGAAAGAUCAUCCCAAGGGUGAGUGUUCCAAGAUACCCAGUUGGAAGCUGCAAGUCUUCUUGAGGCUUCCUCUUGAGAGUGCCAGAAUGCCACGUCUGCUGCAUCCUAUUCUUCAAGCAAGUCACAAAGGCCUGCCCAGUUCAAGGGGAUGCAGAAAUCAACAUCUCCUCUUGGUGAGGGCGUGGCAAGGUCACACUGCAGAAAGAGGACACCGGAUGGGAGAUAUAGUUAAGACCAUCUUUGGAACAUACAGGCUGCCACAGAGGGUUCUCUGAGGAAGCAGUGUUUAAGCUGAGGCCUGAAGGAUGUAGGGGAGGUAACUAGUCAAAAUGCCAUAUCACUCCCACACCUUCAGAAAAAGAUUUGGGUCGAAGUCAGACAAUUCAGAUAGAGAAGCCAAAAAAAAAAAAACCCAUUGCCACUGAGUCGAUUCCAACUCAUAGAGAAGCCAGCAUGUGCAAAAGCCAGGGAUAGGAAGAAUUUAAAAGAAUGUCAGAUUGUAAGGCAGAGAUUAAAGGGGAAAAAGUGUGAAAUGUGUUGGUAAGGGACCUUACAGGCCUUAUCAGAGACUUUGGUCUUUUUUUCCUAAAAGGUUAGAGUCAAACAGCAAUUUUAUUGUAUUUAACCCACCUUUUAUUGGUUUUACUUUUUAUUGGUUUUACUUAACUAGAAAAGUAACAGAUACUCUUUGUUACCAAAAAGCCAAAUGCUGAAAAAUGUAAAUUGAAAUGUGCAUGUGCCCCACACAUUGUCUCCCACUCCCUGUAUGAAAUGGCAUUGCCAACUCCUCCUUACGUGGAGCACUCCCUGUAUGAAAUGGCAUUGCCAACUCCUCUUUACACAGAGCACUUCCUGUAUGAAGUGGCAUUGCCAACUCCUUACAUGGAGCACUCACUAUGAAAUGGCACUGCCAGCUCCUCCUUACAUGAAGCACUCCUUGUAUGAAGUAGCAUUGCCAACUCCUUACAUGGAGCACUCCUUCUAUGAAAUGGCAUUGCCAACUCCUUGUUACGUGGAGACAUUCAAAUGCCACCUGCUGCCCCAACAAAUGCCCCUCCACCUCCUCUCUGAGAAGUUCUAACUUUAAUAACUGUCAAGGAAAUUUAACAACUCUCUUUAGGGAUCAGAGAAAUCAAAGGAUCAAGCCUUUAAGAAGUAAAGCUAUAGUCUGGAAGAUGAUAAACAAUUCAAUUUUGUGAACUAGAAUAAUUUUUUUUUAUUUUAUCAAAGCCACAGAUGGUAGGUAGAAAAUAGGGAAAGUUGGAGCUCUUAACAACUUAUGUUUAAAUAUGACUAUUAGAAUUUGUAAGAAUAAGUCUCACUCAAAACCCUAAACCAAAAAACUGUUAUAAAAAUCCUUUGGAAAUGGACUGUUGUAGCCAAUGUUGAGGUGAAAGUUCUAGGCAUAUAACAAAAUAUGAUAUAGUAAAUAUUCAACGCAUAAAGGAGGCAUAAUAUGAAGAGUAAAAGCCUCCCACCAUCUCCCCUCAGCCUCAGUGCCAAGAACUGACCAUCCUUAAUAAUUUCUGGGUUUUAUUCUUCUGAUAAUUGUCUUCCAAACUUUAGAUCAGAGUGCUGUGUAACAGAACUUUCGGUGAUGAUGAAAAUGUUCUGUAUCUGUGCUGUCCAAUACGAUCAUCCCAGCCACAUGUGGC